AUGACCUUAAAGCGGCCUCGGUACCGCGCCGCCCAAAAGUAUGACAUACCUCAGCAGUCUAUUUCCGACAGACUCAAAGGCCAGGUAGCCCUGGCUGAUCAGAUCCAGCCUCGUCAACUCUUGAGUAAGUCUCAGGAAGCUCGCUUGGUUUCUUGGAUCCUCCGCCAAGAGUCUCUCGGCUAUGCUCCCUCCCACAGUCAGAUCCGCGCAUGUGUGGAGGCUCUUAUGAAGCAACUGAACAACGAGCGGACAGUGGGGCGCAACUGGGUCUCUAAAUUCAUCAAUCGCCAUCCGGACAUCAAGAACAAGCGUGGGAGACGUCAGGAAGCAAACCGAUUUAAUGCUUUUACGCCUCGGGCGGUUCACUGGUUCUUCGAUAUCAGGGGAAAGGAGUAUGGAUGGAUUAAACCAGAAAAUACCGUGAAUGUUGACGAAGGCGGUAUUAUGUCUGGCUUUGGUUUGGAUAGUCUUGUGGUUGGGAGUGCAGACCCAAAACGGAAGGCCCUUCUGAAAGGGCCACAGUCCCGCAACUGGACCUCAUUUAUUGAAGCUAUCACCGCGAACGGCCAUGGCAAAGAGCUUCAGAAACAGUGGUUCUUGACGGAAUUCGGCAAAAUAGCCGACUGGCAUUACAUAACGUCGCCCAACGGAUGGACGGACAACCAUGUCGCUAUUGAGUGGCUUGAGAGGUCUAUUUGCCCCAGACGCGACCAGCCGAUGCCUCAGAUGCUAGACUGA